UGCCGCCGCGCCGCGCCGCCCGCCAGGAGGAGCAGGAGGACGAGGAGGAGCGUUACGUGCAGCUGCCACGCGGCUCCCAGCAGCGGCGGUCACGUGUCACCUUCGAACGUGACGGAUCCGGCAGGAGGUGCGGUGGUUACCAGCCAGUGCCCACGGACGAGGUGCGGGAGUCAGCCCCGUACGGACAGGCGGGCGCCGAGGAGGGCGACUACGUCUGCCUCUACAAGAGCCAGCAGCAGAUUCGUCGUGCGGCCGGGUGCGAGGUGCACCAAGCGGCACGACAGCCGCUGCUUCCCGCCCGCUACGCAAUCCGUCCCCCUCCGGAGAGCGUCUACAUGACCCGCAACGAGGUCCGGCCGCCGGCCGUGCGGCGCGCCAACAGCUUCGAGGCGCUCCCGCGCGCCUCUGGCGGCCCGCAGCGCAGCUUCUCCUUUCGCGGGCCACCGGCAGGUGGCAGGCGGAUCGCCAACACCGAACCGAAGGUGGCGUUCGACCUGCGCACGACCGUGAUUGGCGAGUCGCCGCGCUCGCCGCGCGCGCUCGUGCCGUCGCCGAACUCGGCGUUCUCGCCGCCCGAACCGAGCAUCGCUGAGACGGCGCUUAAUCACCUCCCGCCACCGCCGCCAUCGCUGCUUCCGCCGCCUCCGUCGCCCAUGAGGCUCUACGAGGAGGCCGACCGGCUGAGCGACAUGCCGCGCAUGCGCAGUCCGCGCUCGCUCGGCGUCAUUAAUCAGCUGAGCUCGACCGGGAACAAGCGGGACUCAGCGAACUUUUCAAUGAGCGUGAGCAGUGGCAGUGACGCAGGGUCCACGUGAUGAACACAGUGUUCCGUGAUGAACACAGCUCCGUGUUCCGUAUGAAACACGGUGUAUAAUCAUAUCCGUCGAUGUGUGAUUUUACGUUUAUUCGUGGCGUUCACGUAUGCUGAGCUGUGUGAUGUUCAGUUGAGUCGUUGUAUAGGAAUGCUCCCUAGAGAUUAGUGACAAACUGACUGGCAUGGCUGCGUCGUGUCAUUCCCUUACGAUGCGGUAACUGCCGCUGGUCCAACCGCCCGCUCAGGCGUGCGUCACAACAGUGAGCGAUCUAACGAUUUUAACACUAUUUAUUUGAGUUAUCGAUGUAGUCCUGAGAUUGUGUUACAAAUUACUGGACGUUAAAUGAUGGCUAAUGGAUCGAUAGCCAUAUGCCGAACUGGGUGUCCAAGCAUAUGUUGCCAAGGACCCCUAGCUAGCGAUGGCGGAUGAGAGGGCAAAAGAGAGUCUUGAGAAGCCGCGGAGAAUCGUUCAAAGGCUAGUGAAAGUACAACGGCUGCCAUCCGGAGGCUCGUGCUACGUUGCGAUGGUGUACCGUCAGAGCUGUCACUUAACGUCAGUUAAGUCUUCAUCUGACGAACACCCGCAGCCUGGGUGUGAGUGCCAUGACCAGGAGUGUCGGGAGCGGGGGUACCGCGAGGUGAUCUUCAGACCGCUUUCACCCAUGGCUCAGGGUGCACCUGUGGGCUGACAUUAUCAGAGUCGUGCAACAAAAUGACUGUAUUUAGCUAAUUGUUAAUGAACGUACGUACAUGAUAAUGCGAUCGGUGCAUACGAGGCAUGGCAUUGUACAUACGGCGCCAAAUAUAGCUGGACCAUCUA